GCUGAAGACUAACAGAACAAUCAACAUGAAGUCCAUGAUCGUUGUCCUCAUCGCCGUCCUGGCCGUCGCGUCAGCCAGCCCCGACCGUGAGCGUCGUUCCCUCGGCUGGGGACACAACGGAGCGGUUGUGCUUGGUGGCGUGCUACCCGGAGUCGCACUUGCAGGACCACUGGCUCAUUCAGCCGCGGUCAUCGGGCCUGUCGCUGGAUCCGCGGCCGUGGUUGGGCCUGUCGCAGGCUCCGCCGCUGUCGUUGGACCAGCUGCUGGUUCUGCUGCAGUCGUGGGACCGGCUGCCGGUCCUACGGUUGUCGCUGGUCCCUCGGGAGCAGUGGUGGCGCCUGGAGCUGGUGUACUAGGACUCUGGUAGAACACGAACGACAACCCCGGAUUCUCGACCCCCCAAGAGCUUAAGACAACUCGAACGAUCUCUCUCGUGAACCUG